CAAUGUCUACCAAAGCAUUGUGGGAUCGAAACGGUGCUUGCAAUGGUGACGGCUGGAGCCGUGAAACCUACGGCUGAAACGGAGACAUAUUAACCAUAUAAGUGGCACUAGUAGCUAGAAUUGUGCUAAUGAUGAUCAUCUAUCACACUAACGUCUAGGCUUUUGUUGAAGAUAAACUUAUGCCGUGUCAUCGCUUCGAUUAUGCACACAGACGGAUAGGACAAAGCAAGAACACUGGAAUAUUGUGUCAAUGGACGCUUGUGCGGAGGUCCACAGCGUUUUUCUUUUUUUCGAAGGAGCUGAAUAAGUAGGCCGGGGACCAGUAUCAUAGGACAGCAUUUGCAUUCCUUAUUAUUUAAAGCUUUUGAUAUUUAGAUCGAAUACAUCAUCCAAAAUGUCGACCAGUACCCCCGAAGCGGUGAAGAAAUUACUCGAGAACAUGCAGACAGAUCUGCGGUCCCUGUCCAUGGAAUGCAAGAAGAAAUUCCCCCCAGUCAAAGAGGCUGCCGAGUCCGGGAUCGUCAAGAUCAAGACCAUCGCCGCGAGGAACACCGACAUCUUGGCGUCCCUGAAGGAGAACAGCUCGGAGGUGGUCCAGCCGUUCCUGAUGGGCUGUGGCACCAAGGAGCCCAAGAUCACCCAGCUGUGUCUGGCUGCUGUCCAGAGACUCAUGACCCACGAGGUGGUGUCUGAGGCUGCAGCAGGGAACAUCAUUAACAUGCUGUGGCAGUUGAUGGAGAACGGGUUGGAGGAACUGAAGCUGCUGCAGACUGUCCUAGUGCUGCUCACCACCAACACUGUAGUACAUGACGAAAUACUCUCCAAGGCCAUCGUGCUGUGUUUCCGCCUGCACUUCACCAAGGACAACAUCACCAACAACACGGCCGCCGCCACCGUGAGACAGGUCGUCACCGUGGUCUUUGAGAGGAUGGUCGCCGAGGACGAGUGCUUCAAAGGCAUCGUGGAGCAGCCUACUCCAGUCCAGGGUAACACGAACCGGAGGUCUGUCAGCACCCUGCGGCCCAGUGCUAAAGACGCCUACAUGCUGUUCCAGGACCUAUGUCAGCUAGUGAAUGCUGAUGCCCCCUACUGGCUAGUGGGGAUGACAGAAAUGACGAGGACGUUUGGUCUGGAGCUCCUGGAGUCAGUCCUCAACGACUUCCCUGGGGUCUUCCUGCAGCACCAGGAGUUCAGCUUCCUGCUGAAGGAGCGUGUUUGUCCGCUGGUCAUCAAGCUGUUCUCCCCCAACAUCAAGUUCCGCCAGGGGAGCAGCAGCGCUGCCUCCCCAGCCCCUGUAGAAAAACCCUACUUCCCCAUCUGCAUGAGGCUGCUCAGAGUGGUGUCUGUGCUCAUCAAACACUUCUACAGCCUACUGGUGACGGAGUGUGAGAUCUUCUUGUCCCUGUUGGUGAAGUUCCUGGAUGGAGAGAAGCCUCAGUGGCUCAGAGCCGUGGCCGUGGAGUCCGUCCACAGGCUGUGUGUACAGCCACACCUGCUACGGUCUUUCUGCCAGUCCUAUGACAUGAAGCAGCACUCCACCAAGGUGUUCCGGGACAUCGUUAACGCCCUGGGCUCCUUCAUCCAGUCCCUCUUCAUCGUCCCCAACACAGGCAACCCUGCUGCCACCAAUGCCCCUGCUGGUGGGUCUGGGUCGGGGGCCCAGGCGGCUGCCCAGGGUGGUCCAGGAGCCGGAGGUCAGGGUGGGAGUCUGAUCACUCAGGCUGCCUUCGAGUACCGCGGUACUUGGAUCCCCCUCAUGACCGUCAGUGUGCAGGGCAGCGCCAAGGCUACCUAUCUGGAGAUGUUGGACAAGGUGGAGCCCCCGUCCAUCCCAGAGGGUUAUGCCAUGUCUGUGGCCUUCAGCGCCCUGCUGGACCUGGUCCGAGGCAUCACCUCCAUGAUAGAGAGAGAACUGGCCAAGGAGGAGGAGGAGGUGGCUGUACGCAGGGAGGCCAACCCAGACCAGAACGCCCAAGCUGAGCCUGAAGCCCAUCUCGUCUGGGAGGAGAUGGUCAGUGCGUGUUGGUGUGGUCUACUGGCUGCCCUCUCACUCCUAUUGGAUGCCAGUACUGAUGAGACGGCGACAGAGAGCAUCCUGAAGGCGGAGCUGACCAUGGCGUCUCUGUGUGGUCGUCUGGGCCUGGUCACGCCCCGCGACGCCUUCAUCACAGCCAUCUGCAAGGCCUCAUUGCCCCCACACUAUGCCCUAACUGUCCUUAGCAGUAACGCAACCAACCUCAACAACAAGGCCUACUCUAUUCAGGGCCAGACUGUGCAGAUCAUCAGUCCCUCCAGUGAGUCUCAUCAGCAGGUGGUGGCUGUGGGACAGCCUCUCACUGUACAGCCCCAAGGCACUGUGGUGCUGACGGCUAAGAAUAUCCAGUGUAUGCGGACCCUGUUGAACCUGGCCCACUGCCACGGGGCAGUGCUGGGUACCUCCUGGCAGCUGGUGCUGGCCACGCUGCAGCACCUGGUGUGGAUCCUAGGCCUGAAACCUGGGGUUGGAGGUGCUCUGAAGCCUGGUCGUGCAGUAGAGGGGCCCAGCACGGUGCUGACCACAGCUGUGAUGACAGAUCUGCCUUUCAUCUCCAACAUCCUGUCGAGACUCUUUGAGAGCUCCCAGUACCUAGAUGACGUGUCACUGCACCACCUGAUCAACGCACUGUGCUCCCUCUCUCUGGAGGCUAUGGAGAUGGCCUAUGGGACUAACAAGGAGCCGUCUCUAUUUGCGGUAGCCAAGCUGCUGGAGACCGGCCUGGUCAACAUGGAUCGUAUAGAGAUCCUGUGGAGGCCCCUCGUUGGACAUCUGCUGGAGAAGGUCUGCCAGCACCCCAACGCCAGGAUGAGAGAGUGGGGGGCUGAGGCUGUUACCGCCCUCAUCAAAGCUGGCCUGGCCUACAAGCACAACCCCCCUCUAGCACAGAACCAGAGGCUGCAGCUCCUGCUGUUGAACCCUCUGAAGGAGCUGUCCAACGUGCUCCAUGCAGACAUCCGUCAGAAGCAGCUGGAGAGCGUGCUGCAGAUCCUCCAGAGCCAGGGAGACAGUCUGGGUCCAGGCUGGCCCUUAGUGCUGGGGGUCAUAGGGGCCAUCCGCAACGACCAGGGAGAGUCGUUGAUCCGAACAGCCUUCCAGUGCCUGCAGUUGGUGGUGACUGACUUCCUCCCCACCAUGCCUUGCAUGUGCCUCCAGAUUGUAGUGGAUGUCGCCGGCAGCUUCGGUCUCCAGAACCAGGAACUCAACAUCAGCCUCACCUCCAUAGGACUCCUGUGGAACAUCUCCGACUACUUCUUCCAGAGGGGCGAGGCCAUCACCCAGGAUCUGGAGAGGGAGGAGGCCGCGCUGCAGAAACAGGCUCGGGAGAAGGGCGAGCCCCUGAACAGGCCCUUCCACCCGGCCCCUCCCUUCGACUGCCUGUGGCUGUGUCUGUACGCCAAGCUGGGCCAGCUGUGUGUGGACCCCCGGCCCGCCGUCAGGAAGAGCGCCGGUCAGACCAUGUUCUCCACCAUCGCUGCCCACGGCACCCUGCUGCAGCAGUCCACCUGGCACAUCGUGGUCUGGAAGGUGCUGUUCCACCUGCUGGACUGUGUGAGGAAGUCUUCCACCACGGCCGACAAGGAGAAGAUUGAGUCAGGGGGCGGGAAUAUCCUCAUCCACCACUCACGGGACACGGCUGAGAAACAGUGGGCGGAGACCUGGGUGCUGACGCUGGCAGGGGUGGCUCGUAUCUUCAACACCAGGAGAUACCUGCUGCAGCAGCUAGGUGACUUCUUCAAGGCGUGGGAGGUGCUGCUGGACCACAUCCAGUCUGCUGCCCUCAGUAAGAACAACGAGGUCUCCCUGGCCGCACUCAAGUCCUUCCAAGAGAUCCUCCAGAUCGGCACGCCCGUCAAGGACUCCGCCAUGCCCACCGAGGCCCUCGCCCUGGCCGUGAUGGGCGUCCCCCCUGUCCUCAUCGACCCCCUCAGCGCCUCGGGACCCGGCAGACACCUGCUUCGCUCCGACUCGAUGCUCGAGAGGCUGACGCGCUACAAUGGAGCUGAACUCCAGGCCCCUCCCCAGGGGGAGGAGUCUGCGCUGGAGGACGCAGCUCUGUGGUGGUCGGCGUGGAACACCUGGUACCGGACGGGCACGGACAGCACGAGGCCCCCUAGUGGCGGGACGGGGACAGACAGACCCUUCUUCGUCCCCAGCCAGCCCUUCCUGACAGCGUUAGUCCAGAUUGUCCCUGCCCUCUACCAGCACAUUGAGACUGGCUUCAGCAUGGAGGACCUGAGGAAGCUGGGGGUGAUCCUCCACGGGGCCGUGUCCAUACCCAUCAGCAGUGAUGCCUCACCCUUCAUCCUGCCCUCCUACACAGAGGCUGUCCUCACCAGCCUGCAGGAGGCCGUACUCACAGCACUCGACGUGCUGCAGAAGGCCAUCUGUGUGGGCCCAGAGAGCCUGCAAGUCAUGUACCCGGCCAUAUUCGAACAGCUGCUCCUCUUUGUCGAGUUCUCCUGCAAACCCCCCCAGUAUGGCAAGCUGGAAACCAAACAUGUGGCCAACGCUAAAUACAACCAGAUCCAACUGUUUACACCGGCGGAAUGGGUUGCCUUAAACUACGUGCCCUUUGCCGAAAGGUCCUUGGAGGUGGUGGUGGACCAGUACCACAAAACAGCCUGUCACAAAGCUGUCAUCAACGAGAAAGUCCUUCAGAACAUCAUCAAGACCCUGCGGAUGCCCCUGGGCCUGAAGUAUGCGUGUCCGUCAGAGAGCACGUGGAAGCUGGCCGUGUCAUCCCUGCUCAAGGUGUUGUCCAUCGGGCUGCCCGUGGCCCGCCAGCAUGCCUCCUCUGGGAUGUUUGAAACCAUGUGGCCAGAGCUGGCCAACGCCUUCGAAGAUUUCCUCUUCACCAAAAGCACACCUCCAGACAAUGUGUCCAUCCAGGAGUUCCAGAAGAAUGAAGCCAUUGACGUUGAGGUGGUGCAGCUGAUCAGCACAGAGAUUUUACCGUUUGCCAACUUCAUCCCCAAAGACUUUGUUGGUCAGAUUAUGACCAUGCUCAAUAAAGGAUCCAUUCACUCACAGUCCUCCUCAUUUACAGAGGCAGAGAUAGAUGUGCGGAUGCGGGAGGAGUUCUCCAAGGUGUGUUUUGAGACGCUGCUCCAGUUCUCCUUUAGUAACAAGGUGUCCACGCCCCAGGAGGGCUACAUCUCCCGCAUGGCCCUCUCCGUGCUCCUCAAGAGGUCCCAGGACGUGUUGAGGCGCUACGUGGACGAUGAGCGGCUGAGUGGACGCUGCCCGCUGCCCAGGCAACAGGUGACCGAAAUCAUCUUUGUCUUAAAAGCUAUCAGCACUUUGAUGGACUCACUUAAAAAGACCCAGCCAGAAAAUGUGGAUGGGACCACAUGGGCCCAGGUGAUUGCCCUGUACCCUACACUGGUGGAGUGCAUCACCUGCUCCUCUUCUGAGGUCAGCUCAGCGCUGAAGGAGGCCUUGGGGCCCUUCAAAGACUUUAUGCAGCCCCCUGUCUCCAGAGUUCAGAACGGAGAAUCCUGACCAGACCAACCCCCUUUUUAUAAUGAAGAAAUUCCUAAUGAAUGUGUCCUCCUGAGACCCAAACAUACACUUCUUCAUACAAGUGGACAGAGGGAUGGACGGGCUCUUUUACUCCCAUGUGAGCCCAUCUAAUAGACAGUAACCCGUGGUAACUGAGCUCCCCCCGCGACAGCUCAGUCCACAAUGACGACGACUGACCUGCUACACAUGACAUCAUCAAUGUAUGCUUCUAAAACACUUUGGUUGAUACCACCUCCCAUUAUUCUGACUGGCUGGACUUGUGUAUUAACUGCUACAGUAAAAAAAAAAAAAAAAAGUUUUCUUUUGUUUCGUUUGUUUUAUUUGGAUUUCCUGAAA